UCCAUAUUGAACUGUUGUUUUGAUCCUGUUGGUUCUUUCUUUUCUAACUUAUUUUUUUUCUUUAAAGCCGUAACUUUUGCUCUAAGUUAACUGAGUAACACUCACACGGUAACAAUGAAGCUAGCGGACUUUAAAAAGUUGAAGGUGACAGAGCUGCGGUCCAGACUGAAAGAGCUGGGACUGGACAGCAGAGGGCUGAAGGCUGAGCUGGUGGAGCGCCUCUGGUCCGCGUCCGACGCGGGGCUCAUCUCGCAAACACCUCCAGAACCAGAACCGACAGAGACCGCUGGGCUCCUCUCGCCGCCUGCAGAGCCCGCUGACGCCCCGCGGUCUGAAACAGAUUCCGUUAAAGAGCUCAGAGACUCGGCCACGCAGACCGACGCUGGCCCCGGCUCUCCAGCGGCACCGAGGCGGACCUCUGCGGCUGGUGAAGGAGGAGAGCCGGGGAAGGAGCCGCGACCCGCAGAGAUCAGAGGAAGAGCUUUUUACGAGUUUAAGGAGGAGAUACGAUACAAGAGAGCCAAAUCACCACUGCCAUCGGUUGACAUCGAGGAGGAGGAACAUGGAGAAGAUGAAGUCAGAAUCGAUCCUCAUUGCUGUCACCUCCAUUUCGAGGCGGGCCCUGAUGGAUCGUCCGGACAGCCGCGGUUCUGGGCUCGAUUCCCCCUGCUGUGGUCCGGCUGCAGGCUCACUCACGGGGUGCAGCAGGGCAGGGCCAGCUUUGAGGUCAGGCUGGAAAGGAAGCUGUUGACGGCACAGCAGGAGGCUGAAGAAGUGGGGGAGCUCUGUGGGCUGAGAGUCGGCUGGUCAGCGGCAGACGCCUCUCUGCUGCUGGGCAAGGAUGAACUUUCUUUUUCUUAUGAUGGAUGUGGUCAAAAAGUAUCAGCAGGACGUGGAGAGCAGUUUGGAGAAUCUUUUUCAGAGGGUGAUAUCAUCGGUUGUUUUGCUUCUUUUUCAAUAGAUGGCGCCGUGGAGCUGUCUUUCCAUAAGAACGGUUCCUCGAUGGGAGUUGCCUUUUCUCUGGCCCCUUCGGUGCUCCAGGGUCGCCCCCUGUUCCCUCACGUACUCUGUAAAAGCUGCUCUGUCCGGUUCCACCUGGACCCCUCCGCUUCACCCUGGUACCCCGGCCCCCCCGGCUUCACACCGCUGGUAGCUCUCCCUGCCGGGCAGAGAGUGAGAUCCAGGCCAGCUCCUACUUCCAGGUCAAAUUGUGAGGUUGUGCUCAUGGUGGGUCUGCCUGGCUCCGGGAAGAGCUUCUGGGCCAAAACACACAUGAAGCAGCAUCCAGAGAAGCAGUUCAGGCUGCUGGGGACGGAGGAGCUGCUCGCAUGUAUGAUUAGAGGUGGAUGGAGGGACAGCAUGUUGCAGCAAGCCUCUCAGUGUUUAACCGCUCUGAUCAAAGUCGCUGCUGAGACUCCUGGUAACUACAUCCUUGACCAGUGCAACGUCCACUUUUCUGCACGUCAUCACAAGCUGCAGCUGUUUGCAGGAUUCAGGCGGGUGGUGGUGGUGGUCUUCCCCUCCGCUCCAGAGUGGAGGAGACGCCUGUCACAGCGUCAGCUGAGCGACGGAGAGGCCAUCCCCGCGACCUCCCUCCUCAAACUCCAAGUGAGCUGCAGUCUCCCGGAGCAUCAGGCCGACCUGCUGGAGGAGCUGCAGUACGUCGAGCAGCAGCAGGAUCGGGCUCAGACGACCCUGCAGGAGCUCAAAGACGAGGCUCGCAGACUGCUGCCGCACGUCCACAAAGAAGAGAAGAAGCCUCGACUUCAUAAGAAAAGACCCCACCCCCACGGCGCCCCAGUCCUGCGGAGGAACCAGUGGACGGGAUUACCUGUGUGGAACAGCUCGAGGGCGAACAUACAGCCGAGAUAUGAUCAGAGCUGCUACUACAGCAAAGGCUUCAGUUACAGUGGAUGUGAGAAUCACUGGUGUUGAAGCCUGAACCGUCAGCCAUCAGAAAGAAAUCAACAUGCUGAUAUUAUUUGAUUUUUAGGAGGAAAAAAAUGAUUCAGCUGCAUUUUUUGCCCCCAUUUAUAGAGACUGCACUUUUCUGAACAAUCAAAAAUAAGACACCUUGGACAAAAACGUAUUGCUUUUUAAUAGAUUUUAUCAAAAACAUUUUAAUAAAACCAAUCUUGUUUUAAGUCUACAAAUAGUGAGAAAUGUCCAUUACAGCAUUCAUUUUUCAGGCAUUUCAGUUA